GUGGUUCUUCCUUAUGGUCUGGAACGUGAUUUGACGGCCCGUUGCACUGCACCUUUGCCGAGCCCCCGACCCCUUCUGCCGUAGAGCCCUCGCCCAUGUCAUUCCACUCGUCCACUGCUCCCGCAGAGUCGGGACACCCGUACCACUCCUCUGCCGUGGCCCCUCAGGCCAGUCUAGCACCGCCUGACAUCGCAUUCUUCGCACAGGAGUCGACAGCCACAGCCGGGAGGAAGAAAAAGAAGAACAACAGUAAGGCCGCCAAGGGGCUUGACGAGAAGAGGCAAUACAAGAGGCGGGGCGUCCCGCAGUUCUUCAACCCCCGCAUCCAGAAGGUCUUCGUUGAUGCGGACGGAUGUAAGCGUACCAGCACGAGAAGGGAAGAAGGAGGGAAGAGGACGCGUGUGAACCUGCGGCGGAGCGGAUGCAUGCAUCUUCUGUGGUGCAGGUUUGCAGCACUUCCACGGUUUGGGGAAGAGCCAGGGUUACGUGAAGGUGGCGCGUAGUCUGUGUGGCGGGGGAACGUUGCUCAAGUGUAGCUGCGAGAGGAUGUGGGGCGUCUGCAGGAGCCAGGUGGAGGGCCACCCCGGACUGCACUCCGUCAUCCGCGGCGCACUCAGGCACACAGACUGUGCCAACUUCCCUCUGGAGGAAUUCUACAGGGAAGGUCGGCCAUGGAUGGGAGGGACAACACACAUGGGCAAGACGAGGUAUGCAUUGCAUUGAUUAAUGUGUGUGUGUAGCUGCGCUGAUGUGGGCCGAGUCGGCUCAGAGCAACCAUGUGCGUCUGCUGCUGGUGACGGCCGAGAGUUUCCUGAGGGACUUCGAGGGGGGCCACCAGGCGUACAUGUUGCUCCUCCCCUGCCCCGAGUGCAGCAGCAUCGUGCGGCCUACAGACGACAUGUCCUGCCCCGUCUGCGACGAACAUGUAAGCCGACAGACGGAAAGAGACGCUGAUAAUCCCCUCCAUCCAUCCAUCCAUCCUCUUCUUCUUUGUCUGCUCCUUCUCUCAGCUGCCGCCUCGCAGUGUGUUCCUCCAGACCGCCAUCCUGAGCACCAACCCUCCCCGGCCGCUCCAAUCGGCCCCGGUUAACACCACACUCCAGCCCGGCCCGGCCCCUGCCCCCCCUGACUCGCCUGCGUCGUCUAGCCCCAGCCACGAGUCACCGUCAUACCCACACCAGCACCAGCAGGGGCCGUACGCGGCCGUUCCGGGUCCGCCAUCGCACAUGGGAUGGGGAGUGGGCGUGGGAGGGCUGCAGGAGGGGGACAUCAAGGGCGAACAUGAGGCGGGACCUAGCAAACGUGAGAAAGACGCCGAGAAACUCAUCCCAUCUGUGUAUGCACGUGUGUGACGCGUGUGCACAUCUUAUCAUCUGCAGGUCUUGCCGGGUGUCCUUGUGACCGAGGUUUGUCGGUGUCUAGCCAGUUGUCGUCUAUCGGAUCCAUAUCCAACAACGCAAGCACUGUGGUCCGUCAUUGAGACACGCACGGCCCCCGAGACCCAUAUGCAUGUUGUGUCCUUGCUUCAGCCGUCGGGAUCUACGAAUUCCGGCGGCCACCCUCAGCCCGACGGAGCGCCGUCACGGCAGCGACUCCUGUACAUCAACCCAGGAACCAUCAACCCAUCUGGGGUGAGCAGAAGACAAGACACACCGGUGUUCUUUUCUCUCUUCACGUCUUCUGUCUGUGUGCAUAUGUGUGUGUGUGUCAGGGCGAGGUAGUGAUAUGUGUGAAGAAGGACAUCAAGCCCGACGCGUAUGACCAGGUGCUCAUCCACCUCGUCUCCACCAACGGACAAGUCGUCACACUCAGGUGAACUAGCCUGACAAAACACCCACCAUUCUAAUGAUGCGACUUUCUCUGUCAUGUCGCCCUCCCUCAGACCCAAGGGCAUCCGUAAGGAGCGCAAGCUGAGCGUGCAGAUCCCCGCCCUGCCCGCGGCAGACUACGACGUCCGGCUGGCGUAUGGGUGCAAGGUGCUGCACGGGGCCAUUCCGCUGGGUGUGCGGGACAACUCGGACUCCGAAGGCUGUAGCGAGGAGGGCGACCGAUUCGUCCCAGACGAGCAGCCGGCGUGCGUGCCUCCUGACCGGUAUCUCUUCUCCCCAUCUGCGUCGGCCCCGUCGUAUGCGGACCCGUCGCGCGUCAAGGCCGAGAUGAUGAGGCCGCCUCCAGUGCCUUUGGGCGUCCUGAACAUCCCUCCUCCCUCCCACUGGCCCCACCCGGCCCCCCACAUCGCAACCCACGGCCCAAUGGGUGAGGAGAUGGACUCCAAGCCGCCGAGGCUCGACCUCUCGUCCGAGUCGAGCAAUGAGCCCACACCGAAGAUGGCGAAUGCGCGGAGCAUGAUGCCCAUGCAGCGCAGGGCUUUCCGGCCGUGGGUAGGAGGGACGUCGGGGAUGCCUCCGGGCAUGGUUGAGGGUGCUCGUGCCGUCAUGGAAGAGCUCAAGAGGGAGGGGUUCCUGGGGAUAGAGGGAAUGGGGCUGCACCAGGGGGGACGCAACAGCGCUGAGGACGACUUCGAACGGAGUGAGCGGCCCACAAUAAGACACACACGCGACAGCCAUCUGCAUGUGCCAUUGCCCUUGUGUGUGUUUUCAGGUGUGUGGCGGAGUGCGUCCGAAGGGUACCAGCACGACGCCCACUCCAUGCAGUGUGACGAUCCCGAGCCGAUGGGGCUGCAGCCAGACGCCGCGAUGCUGCCGAACCUACCCCCACCACCGUCCCUCUUCGACCCACACGCAGCCCCAUUUGGCCUCCCGCCGCUGAAUGACAUGGACUGCAGCUGACGGGAUUUUUCCCGUUGCUGCAGUGAGGCCAAGACACACCUCGGCAGCUGAGUCUGUCGUGAGUGGGGUUAACUGCAUCGAUGUUGUCUUUUGAUAUGACUGUGAAUUGCUCGCGGCUAAGUCGUCUCGCCGAAGCCUUAGCCUUCGGAUUGCCUUUUCUUUCUGCCAUACCGUGUGUGUGAAGGGCUGGGGACGGUGGGGAGGAGAUGGUCUCAGAGAGACGAAUGCACGGCUGCGUGUAAGUAGAUAAAGCACAACAGACUGUAGUGGGCAAGGUGCAUAAGGGUGGCUGGCAGAGACCGCUGCACGAAUCGCAUAAGCUGCUGAACAAGGGAACCGAGUGGCAGGAAGCUGCAGGAUACACUGCACGCAUCUUGACAACCGUUAAUUUCACUG